CACUUUGGAAACUUGAAUAGGAAAACGAACAACGGUAUAGAUAUGCAUUAUGCAUCGUCAUUCGUCAGCAAAACCAGCAUUAUUGAGAUUCAUCACAUCGAGGCAACAAUCAAAUCACCAAGGACCCCAUCGCCAAAAAGGAGCGAAAUUGUCGAUACAGAGAGAGGAAGAAGACAGUUCAAAUUGCAGAGAGAGAGAGAGAGAGAAACGGAGACAAAUUGGUUGAGGGAAGGGUUUAGGGUUUCUUGAUUCAGUCUCUGCACACAGAGAGACAGAGAGAGAGAGAGAAGAUUAGAGUUUUGAAGAUGACGGAGGUGAUCCUCCACAUAUACGACGUGACGAAUAGCGAUUCAGAUAAGACGAACAACACCAUUGUUCAGAUUAACAAGAUCUUCAAAGACGGUAUCGGUCUCGGUGGCAUCUUCCACAGCGCCGUUCAGGUUUAUGGAGAUGAUGAAUGGUCAUUUGGCUACUGUGAACAAGGUACUGGAGUUUUUCGCUGCCCGGCUGAAAAGAAUCCAAUGUAUACAUAUCGUGAAUGCAUUGUUCUUGGGAAAACAAACUUUUCUAUAUUCAAGGUCAAUCAGAUCCUGAUGGAACUAUGUAGGGAGUGGCCUGGAUGCUCAUAUGACUUGUUAUCAAAAAACUGCAAUCACUUCUGUGACGAGUUCUGUGAAAGGCUUGGUGUGCCUAAACUUCCUGGUUGGGUUAAUCGGUUUGCAAAUGCGGGUGACGCCGCUUCGGAAAUAGCAGGAAACACGGCAUUACGGCUGAGACAAGCUAAAACAGAGUUUGUAUUAGCCAGUAAAGUGGCUUACCGGUUCCUUCUAGGUGUUAGUUCCAACUCAUCUGUUGCAGCUGAGUCCCCAGGCAGUACCAACAGAGGGACUCCGAGAUUCCAAGCUAGUUGGUUUAAAAACCUUGUUUCUAAUGGUGCCAAACCGUCCAGUAGUUCAGAACUAGAAAACCAGGAGGAGGCCGUGAUUCGACAGCAGCAGCAGCGACAAGAUGCAGCAGAAGCACCCCCUGCGGCAAAAUUCAAGGCGUGAUAUUUAAGGAAGCAUUUUCCUCUAGCAUCGUUGUCUUGUGUACUAGUUGUAAACCUUGUGAAGCAAUUGGCAAGUUGUUCGCUGUGGAUCACUGUAAAAUGUUAGAAGUUCUUUUCAACUGUGAUAUUUGCCCAUUUCUGCCCAAGAGUUUGAAUUACAAUGUAAGGUUUGCAUAUAUCUUCUGAUGUUCCUUGUCUUUGUCCUUCUGUAUGUAUGUAACACAAUUCUGUGUAGAAGAACUAUAACUGUUUCUUAACUGGUUUUCUUGUGAGCAGGGUGGAUAAGUUCAAGUAGAUUUAGAAACCACACAUUGCAAGUACAUGGAGCAAUUGGCGAAUGCUGCAAUUGCUAUGUUUUCUUAUCAAACCGCCCACAAGUUGUUUGUAUUAUUUAGCAGUUGUGUUCAGUUUCUGCUUAUGGUUCAACAACUAUCUUUGAUGGAAUUGAAUCUAUUUAGUGCAUUUAUGAUUGUAUAAUUUUGUGACUUGAUGACAAUUUGCUAGUUUGAUGAAAUUGAAUCUAUUUAGUGGCUUUGUGAUUC